UGUGACUGUCAGCAUUCUGUCAAUGUAGUAAAAAAUAAAAAAUCUGCUGUUUGUCCAUAAAUUUUAAAGAAAAUCCACGGAAAAAUGUUAUCUUCUCGGGGAUUAAUUCUCGGACGAGCGUUCUGUGGCUUAAUUGCACGCCAGUCAAAGCCAAUUAAAUCAACCAGCAUCCAAAGUAUUCGCUGGAGUCAUGCUGCCAACUACCGUGAGGGUCCCCCUCCAGCAUCGAAAGCAACACGAAUUGGAGCUGAACUUGUAGCUGGUCUGAUGUGGUGGUGGAUUUUGUAUCACAUUUUCACAGAAUAUGAACACAUCACUGGUGAAUUCGAAUAUCCCGACCCAUCGUCAUGGACUAAUGCUGAACUUGGAAUUCCACCAGAUAGUGAAGAAUAGUUAUUUAGUAAAAAUACUGUCUUUGUAAUCUUGUAAUCUAGAGAAGUGAUAAACGUUAUUGAAAACCAG